AUGUGCAAGGCCUUCCCCACCACGUUGAAAGUGCCCGCAAGGAUAUGGUUCAGUAGGCUGACGCCCAACUCCAUUAGUUCCUUCAAGGAGUUGAGUGCCCAAUUCGCAUCGCACUUCAUCAGGGGACACAGGUAUAAGAAAUCUACUGCAUGCCUGAUGAAUAUUAAGCAGCGGGAGGAUGAGACGUUGAGGUCUUACAUAACCCGUUUUAAUAAGGAAGCACUCUCGAUCGACGAAGCUGACGAUAAGAUCCUCGUAGUAGCCUUCAUGAACGGAUUGCGAAAGGGUAAAUUCUUAUUCUCCUUAUACAAAAAUGACCUGAAAACCAUGUCAAAUGUGCUUUAUAGGGCCACUAAGUACAUGAAUGCUGAAGAUGCGCUGCAUGCACGUGAAGAAAAACCCAAGAAGAAAGAGAGGCAGGAGGAAGCCCGGCAGGAUAGGGGUAGGAAGAUGGCUAGAACAGGAGAAAAAAGAGAUGAUCAGCAAUCCAGGCCCCCGACGGGGAGGUUUACAAAUUUCACCCCCCUGAAUACCCCGAUUGAUCAAGUCCUGAUGUAG